AUGAUGCUUCUCACGCUUCUCAUCCUGUCCUCCGUUGGACUCGCGGCCGCGGCGGACCCAUCUCUAUUCAGCGAGAAUGACUACUCCCCGGACAACAUCGUCAACCGCGAUGUCCUUAUCGUUGGCGGCGGUGCGGCGGGCACGCACGCUGCCGUCCGGUUGAAAGACCUGGGCAAGAGCUUCACUCUGGUCGAGAAAUCCUCCGUCCUGGGCGGCCACACGCAUACCUACAUCGAUCCCACGACGGGCACCCCCGUUGAAUUCGGCGUGCACUCCUUCGGCAACACCUCGGACACCAGGGACUUCUUUGCGCGCUUCGAGAUUCCCCUCGUCGACUUUGUGCCUGCCCGGUUUCCCGUGCAUUAUAUUGACUUCAACACGGGAGAUGCUGUCGCCGUAGCCCUGGACACCAACGUCACCGGGUAUCUGGACCAGGUCGAGAAGUAUCCCAGCCUGGCCUACGGGUGGUUAACUUCGUUUCCGGUGCCGUCGGAUCUGCUCCUGUCCUUUGGCGACUUUGUGAACAAAUACAGCCUCCAGAAGAUCGUCUACACGAUCUACUAUCUCGGCGUGGGCAUCGGCAACAUUCUCCAGCAACUGACCAUUACGGUGAUGAACAGCGUUGGAGUGGGCAUCCUCAGCGGUCUUCAGGGCGUGCCGGGGGGCGCCGUGGUUCCAGCGGCAGGAAACAACCAUGCGAUCUUCGACAAGGCCCUGGCCGAGCUGCGCGCAGACAUACUGCUAAACUCGCACGUCGUGGCCGCCAGUCGCCCGGCGAACAACUCCGGUGUCAAGGUCGUCGUCCAGACACCGAACAGCCGCAAACUCGUCCUCGCCAAGCGGAUCAUCGUCGCCGUCCUCACCCAGCCGGAGAACAUGAACGUUUUCUCGCCCGACGAACGCGAGGCGCGGCUCUUCUCACAGCUGAAGGGCCAGGCGUUCUACGUCGGCCUCGUCACGAACACCGGUCUGCCCGUGAACCAGUCGUACUACAACGCGGCCAGCAGCGAGCCGGACAACGUCCCCCUUCUGCCCAAGACCUACAAUAUCCAGUCGACCGUCCUCCCCGGUGUCUUCUGGUGGCUGUACGGGAGCGAGACUGCGUUGACCGAGGCUGCAGUCAAGACAGCCGUCACGUCUCAGAUCGCAACGGUGCGCAGGGCGUUGAAUGUCCCGGCGCCCGCGGGCAGUCCGCAGUUCCUGGCUUUCGGCAACCAUACUCCGACUCAUGUUACGGUUCCGGCGGAGGCGAUUGCCAGUGGGUUCUAUCGGGAUCUGUACGGGCUUCAGGGUUACCGGAAUACGUGGUACACCGGUGCUCAGUUCAUCGACAGUGCCAGCGGUAUAUGGAACUUGACUAACGCUGUUGUGUUGCCGGGGCUGUUGACGGGUCUUUAA